UAGUUUACCAGGGCUUCGCUCCUCGUCAACUUGUAUAAACUGGCACACAGCCCUAAGCCCUGCCCAUCCCUCCCCCUCUCCCCGCUGUCUUCUCCACUCUCACAAUCUCCACACGCCGCCCUCUCUGAUCAUCCUUCGCAAAGCACGCACGUACGUCAGAGAUACGACGCCGUUUUCAUGUUUAUGCUUGCCCAGCUUCGUCCUCGUCGUUGUCGAGCGUCAUCAUGUAUUUAAACGCCUCCUCCAUCCUCAGAGCUGCCUCUUCUUCUUCUUCUACCUCUUCUUCUUCCUACCUUCUGUCUACCCUCCGCUCUCCCUCGCUUUCUCGAACUUUCGUUGCGUCUUCUCCUUCUCCCCGCGCCUGCCGAUCCUUCUCCUCCUCUGCUGUUCGCUCCCUCUGCUGCUCCUCCCCUCGCUGGAGCCACGGUGUCCAUUGGCGCUCCCCGAUCAGUCUCCGCGCUCAGAUCAGGGCCGUCGCUCCCGUCAUCGAACGCUUCCAGAGAAAGAUCGCCACCAUGGCUUCUGAAAAUCCUUUCAAGGCUAACUUGACAAGUCUUCCCAAGCCAGGAGGUGGCGAGUUUGGAAAGUUUUACAGCCUUCCAUCUUUGAAUGAUCCUAGGAUUGAGAAGUUGCCAUACUCAAUCAGAAUCCUCCUGGAGUCCGCGAUUCGCAAUUGUGAUAACUUCCAAGUAAAGAAGGAAGAUGUUGAGAAAAUUAUUGAUUGGGAGAAAUCUUCUCCGAAGCAAGUUGAAAUUCCUUUCAAGCCUGCUCGCGUUCUCUUGCAGGAUUUUACUGGAGUUCCAGCUGUGGUCGACCUUGCUUGUAUGCGGGAUGCCAUGAACAAACUUGGAAGCGAUUCUAACAAGAUUAAUCCUUUGGUUCCGGUGGACCUUGUAAUUGAUCAUUCAGUUCAGGUUGAUGUAGCAAGGUCUGACAAUGCUGUCCAGGCAAAUAUGGAUCUUGAAUUUCAGAGAAACAAGGAGAGAUUUGCUUUUCUUAAAUGGGGGUCUACUGCUUUCCACAACAUGCUUGUUGUUCCUCCUGGUUCUGGUAUUGUGCAUCAGGUUAAUCUUGAAUAUCUUGGACGGGUCGUUUUCAACACAGAUGGCAUCCUCUAUCCUGAUAGUGUGGUUGGAACUGAUUCCCAUACAACCAUGAUUGAUGGGUUAGGAGUUGCUGGCUGGGGAGUUGGAGGUAUUGAAGCAGAGGCGGCAAUGCUUGGUCAGCCCAUGAGCUUGGUGUUGCCUGGUGUUGUUGGGUUCAAGUUAUCUGGAAAAUUGCGCAAUGGCGUUACUGCUACCGACUUGGUUUUAACUGUGACACAAAUGCUGAGGAAGCAUGGCGUUGUUGGAAAAUUCGUUGAGUUCUAUGGGGAUGGCAUGGGUAAACUAUCACUAGCUGAUAGGGCCACUAUUGCCAAUAUGUCUCCUGAAUAUGGGGCAACCAUGGGAUUCUUUCCUGUAGACCAUAUCACUUUACAGUAUCUCAAGUUAACUGGAAGAAGUGAUGAGACGGUGGCAAUGAUAGAAGCUUAUCUCCGGGCAAAUAAAUUGUUUGUUGACUAUAACGAGCCUCAACAAGAAAGAGUGUACUCCUCUUAUCUACAGCUGGAUCUCGCGGAUGUUGAUCCUUGUGUCUCGGGACCAAAGAGGCCUCAUGAUCGAGUGCCUUUAAAAGAAAUGAAAUCUGAUUGGCAUUCUUGUCUUGAUAACAAAGUUGGAUUCAAGGGAUUUGCUAUACCAAAAGAAGUACAAGAAAAAGUGGCCAAGUUUUCAUUCCAUGGACAACCAGCAGAGCUUAAGCAUGGUAGUGUUGUGAUUGCUGCGAUCACAAGCUGCACCAAUACAUCAAACCCUAGUGUCAUGCUUGGCGCAGGUCUUGUUGCAAAGAAAGCUUGUGAACUUGGUUUGCAGGUGAAACCAUGGGUAAAAACAAGUCUUGCCCCAGGCUCUGGAGUUGUUACAAAAUAUUUGCUCCAAAGUGGACUGCAAAAAUAUUUUAAUCAACAGGGCUUCCAUAUUGUUGGAUAUGGCUGCACAACAUGCAUAGGAAAUUCAGGAGAUUUAGAUGAAUCGGUUGCUUCUGCUAUUUCGGAAAAUGACAUUGUAGCAGCUGCCGUGCUUUCUGGGAACCGGAAUUUUGAAGGUCGUGUUCAUCCAUUGACAAGAGCUAACUACCUUGCCUCUCCUCCUUUAGUGGUUGCCUAUGCCCUUGCUGGCACGGUUGACAUUGACUUCGACAAGGAGCCAAUUGGCACUGGGAAGGAUGGUAAGAAUGUCUAUUUUAAGGAUAUCUGGCCUUCGACAGAAGAAAUUGCAGAGGUUGUUCAAUCCAGUGUGUUGCCUGAAAUGUUCAAAAGUACUUACGAGGCUAUUACGAAAGGCAAUCCCAUGUGGAAUCAGCUUUCAGUUCCAACUGCCGCCCUGUACUCAUGGGACCCCAAUUCAACCUACAUUCACGAGCCCCCAUAUUUCAAGGACAUGACUCUUGAUCCUCCCGGACCUCAUGGAGUAAAGGAUGCUUACUGCCUACUAAAUUUUGGUGACAGUAUUACAACAGAUCACAUUUCCCCAGCUGGAAACAUUCACAAAGACAGUCCUGCUGCGAAGUACCUUCUUGAGCGUGGGGUUGAUCGCAAGGACUUCAAUUCUUAUGGAAGUCGCCGUGGCAAUGAUGAAGUGAUGGCAAGGGGAACUUUUGCCAAUAUCCGCAUUGUUAACAAGCUCUUGAGUGGGGAAGUGGGCCCAAAAACAAUUCACAUUCCUACAGGAGAGAAACACUAUGUUUUUGAUGCAGCAACGAGGUACAAGGCUGCUGGGCAGGAUACCAUUAUACUGGCUGGUGCUGAAUAUGGAAGCGGAAGCUCCAGGGACUGGGCUGCCAAAGGUCCAAUGUUAUUGGGAGUUAAGGCAGUGAUUGCCAAAAGCUUUGAGAGAAUUCACCGCAGUAAUUUGGUGGGAAUGGGUGUUAUUCCACUUUGCUUCAAGGCUGGUGAGGAUGCUGACACGCUAGGAUUGACUGGUCAUGAACGUUACACCAUUGACCUCCCAAGCAAAAUCAGCGAGAUAAAGCCAGGCCAAGAUGUGGACGUCACGACUGAUACUGGAAAGUCUUUCACAUGCAUCGCCCGCUUUGACACUGAGGUGGAAUUGGCUUAUUUCAAUCAUGGAGGCAUUCUUCCAUAUGUUUUACGGAAUCUGACCAAGCAAUAAAUAACUGCAUGUUGGAUUAGCAGGCUUGCCAUAUCCGUGUGAGUUCUUCCGGAUUGUAGAAUCUGGGGCGGGCAAUAAACUUUUUAAUAAUAGGAAAACCCCUUUCAUUGCACGUUUGUUUUUAAUUAUUAUUUUUUUGAAGCAUUAUUGAAGGUGCAGGUGGCUGCCUUCAACAAAGGAAGAGCAUGUUUUAGUCAAUGGUACUCUUUCUUUUCCUAUUUUUGCGAUCUCGUUCUCUGGUGCUUUGUUACACAUUACGGAUAUGAAGAGAGCAACAAACUUUUUAGAGGUUAA